GUUCAUUCACAACUCUGAAUUGCAAUCUGUUUUUUUAUUAUUAUUAAUUCUUAUCUUGUUUACUCAUUCAAAGAAACUAUGGCUCGCUCCUUGUGCUUCAUGGCAUUUGCAGUCUUGGCAAUGAUGCUUUUUGUUGCCUAUGAGGUGCAAGCUAAGAGUACUUGCAAAGCAGAAAGCAAUACAUUCGAGGGAUUCUGCGUUACCAAACCACCAUGCAGAAGAGCUUGUCUCAAGGAGAAAUUUACCGAUGGAAAAUGUAGCAAAAUCCUCAGAAGGUGCAUUUGCUAUAAGCCAUGUGUAUUUGAUGGGAAGAUGAUCAAUACAGGAGCUGAAACUUUAGCCGAGGAGGCAAACACUUUGGCUGAAGCUUUGCUUGAAGAAGAGAUGAUGGAUAACUAAUUGGCGAUUAGAAGAAAUUAAGGAUGAAGUGUCACACAUAAUAAAGUGCUGCCUUUCUUAUAAGUGUAGCUAAUGUUGUGUUCUUAUUGGCUUUUAAUAGCCGUUUGUUACACUUUAAAUAAGUGUGGCACGUCAAUCCUUUGUGCAAUCUUGUACUAAGUUUAUUUGUGUACUUUUAUGAAAAUGACCUUCUAUGGUCUAUGGUUAAGUUAUCCAUUUUGCUA